UUUAAACUGACGUAAGGAGUUUGUUUAUUGUUUAUUUUUUUUACGUCUCUGCUACCAUACGCGCUUCCACAUAUGCCUAUAAAUAGAGUCGUACCUGCUCAGGUGUUGCCGUCGUCCUUCUGGAAAAACCUGCAUGUGUGCUGUCAGCAAUGAAUACUUGACUCCCUUUCUUCACGCCCAUUGUCGUAAUCUUGCCGUCGGUGUUGGAGCGUCUUGUUUACAGCAUGGCUGAGCCGGCUGAACUGCUGGUCAUCAAGGACCAGUAUGAGCUGGCCCAACAAUCCCUGAAUCGUGGGUUAGCGGCUGAAGAGGCUGGCAACAAAUCGGAGGCUCUGGCGUACUACAAGAAGGGUCGUCUGCAUCUUACCCAAGGAAUGGCGGUCCCCACCGGAGGGGAAAGGCAUCAGGGAGAGGCCUGGGACAAGGCAAGGCAGCUUCAGCAAAAGAUGAGGGAAAUGUUGGGGACUACUGACGCCCGCCUGUCUGAGCUGGAAAAGUCCACUACAGGAGACACAAAUGGCUUACUGUUGAACGUUCCCACUAAUCUUUACCCAGACCUGGUAAUGGACGGUCAGCCUACCAAUAGUUCUGUCCACCAUCUGUACCCCACCAUACCAGACGCGUCCCAGAGCACAACACCAGCCCUCGUCAGCCCUAUCGCCCCCGCUGUCCCGAACACACACACACUCCUGGCAGAGGAUCUGAAAACUGUGGCCAUGGACAACUCUGCAGACCUGCCUCCGGCGUACACGCCAGAGCCCAGGGAUGGACACCGCAGCCUGGCUUAUGAUCCAGCUGGAGGCAACCUGUGGUCUGGGGAGCUAACCGAGGGAAAGAAGCUGCUCUCCAUCCCCUCUGGGGUGCAGCUCUUUUUCGUCGAACCGAACGGACAGGUCAGCUCUCUGUCCUAUCCGGGCUACCUCCACAUCUUCGCAAUGGAUAAUCCGCAAAGUGAUUCCAGUGCUGGAAAACCCACUGGAGUUUUACAUGUGUGUGACCGGGUGUAUCCCCUCACAGCAGAAACCCCCGUGCUGCUAGCUAACUCUGGGAUCUUCAUGUUCCCCGACUACUUGGUAGAGGUACCCGGCUCCUAUGUGGGUUUAGUGUUGUCUUCCGAACUGCCUGCUGCAGACCGUGAGAUGUUUCAGGACCUUCUAUCACAACUUGCUGAUCUCAGGAUCCAGGGGACAGAAGGAGCUGAAGAAGAGGUAAUGAACCUGACUGCUAAAGUCCCCCUCAGUCCUCCAAAUGAGCAAACACAUCUAACAGCACCAGAGAUGGAAAAGAUAACGGUUCUACUUCCUGGGUGGAGUGAAAAGAUGGCUCAAGGAAUCUUGUCCGGAGCUACAAAGUUAAGCCAGUCAUUUGCAAAAGGCGCAGAGGCCACUGGGAAUAUCAUUCAAAAAGGAGCUUCCAAGAUACGGGACCGCAUCACACCAGAGGAGGUACCAUCGGAGGUCAGUCCACGGGUCACCAAAGGUCUGAACGCUACUAAACAAGCCACGGGGGGCGCUGUUCGAGUCAGUCAAUUCUUAGUGAACGGCAUAAGUACAAUUGCAGAACAUGUGGCAGAAAAGAUGGCACCUCACGUGAAGAAGCACGGUGCUAAGCUUGUUCCGGAGUCUCUGAAAAAGACUCAGGAUGGCCAGGCUUCAAACUUCGACGGAGCCAAAUUCGUGGCAGCCACCAGUAUCCAAGGUUUAAGUACUGUGUGGGAAAGUCUAGAGACUGGAGCGAAACACGUCUGCAAAAGUGUGGCAGGUGAAACUGUCACAACAGUAAAGUACAAGUAUGGCGACGACGCGAGCCGAGCCACAGACACAGCUCUCCGCUCAGUGGGCAACAUUGGUUUGACCGCGUAUAACAUUGACAAUCUGGGCAUCAAAGCCUUCCUGAAGACUACCGGCAAGGAGACGGCCAAGGCCAUGGUCGGAGAAUCUGAUGAUGAGGUGAAGGAAACCGAAGGGAAGAAGGCGCGAAAAGAUGAACACCUCACACAGGCUGAGCAGAAGGCGACGAAAGACGAGUCACCGAGUAAGGAAAAGGAUGUGCACAAGGAACAAGAGGAAAAGAGGAAAGAAUAGAUUUCCGCCAGCGCUAAUGCUGGUUUGUCAUACCUUAUAAAUUCAUUUUAUAUUUAAAGGGAAAUGUGAAACUAUUAUAAUAAAGUCAAUUAUUAAAGUCUACUGUUUUGUUGACGUUAAGUUAAAGUAUUGUUCUCGUUGGGUUAUCAAUUGGUGAAUGUGGCUCAGUGGGCUGUCGUCUUGCAAUUUAAAUGUUGUGUGUCUGAUUCCAGCUUCCUUCUGUCAAACGUCAAGGUGCCCCUGGGCUAGGCACUUACCCCCAAGGUGCCAACCAGUCUGCAUAUUGCUGUAUGAAUGUACAUGUUUAUGAGUGCCAUUUGGUGAAUAUGGCUCUUGUGUAAAGCAAAAAGUGUCAUCAUUAGAAAAGCACUAGAUAUAUUUGGUUGUCCAUUUACCAUCUUAGUCUUCCUAAAUAACUUUGUGGUUUAUUAGUAUAUUCAGUUUUUGUUUGCUGCCAAUAAACAUGCAUGCCCAUUUACAGAUUGCUAA